UUUAGAUGAGGAAACAGAAUCGUUGCUUACCCAGCUAAUUAAAAAUGAGGAAAGAUUGUCAUCAACUACAAGAUAAAAUCAUUGAGCAAAACAUUUUCAGGGACCCACCCCUAUCCCUUCUUUCAUUUUACAAACUCCUAAAGAGACCCAUUUCCUCCAGGGUGAAUACUGCCUCUGCUGGGAAAUAGAAGAGUGUGAGUAGAAAUAUGCCCCCCAAGUUCAAGCGCCACCUCAACGAUGAUGAUGUUACUGGCUCGGUGAAAAGCGAAAGGAGAGAUCUUUUUCAGAAUUACACACAACCAUGCCACAGCUCUAAAUCUCAGGGUUAUGUGCAGAGUCAGGUGGAUGAAGUUAUUGAUGUCAUGCAAGAAAACAUUACAAAGGUAAUUGAAAGAGGGGAGAGACUCGAUGAGCUGCAGGACAAAUCAGAAAGCUUAUCGGACAAUGCAACUGCUUUUAGCAACAGAUCGAAACAACUUCGAAGGCAGAUGUGGUGGCGAGGCUGCAAGAUAAAAGCCAUCAUGGCUUUGGUUGCUGUUAUCCUUUUGCUAGUGAUUAUCAUUCUUAUAGUUGUGAAAUACCGUACUUGAUUUGAUGACAGAGAUCCUCAUUAAACAAGAUCUGGGACAAUAAUAAUAAUAAAAGAUUGCUGCAUAAUUUAAAUGAAAUCUAUGUAUAUAACUUCCCAAACUCCUUUUUCAAGGAAUUAAGAGGCAAGUAUCCCUUCAAAUUGGAGCAUUGAGAAUGUCCAAUUAUCGUCUUUCCUUCUAACAAAAUCUCCUUUGUAUAAUUAUGUUUAAGGCAAAGAUAACUAUUUUGCUGUAUUCCAAGGAUCUAAUUUGAAGCUAGAUACUUGCCAGUUCAUUGUUGGUGUAUAUAGCUAAACAUUGGUGAUAGUAUUUCAUACUAGUAUGUUAGUGAUAUAAGGACUUGAAUUACUGCAUCAAACGGGGGCCAGACUGGGGUCCGGAAGCCUCUGUUGAGUACCAAGUUAUUCUGCUAAACGCAGUGCGUAACGCUCCGUCAGCACUUGCAAGAAUACCCUUCUCUUCCUGUUGGAAUUGCUUUACCAGCGCUUUCCACGUGUGUGUGGAGUUGUAACAAAGGCUAAACAAAGGCUAAAUGUUGUAAAUGUUUCUGUCUUCAACCAUCACUAAAAACACUCUAGUAAACUUACUUUUGCUUAUAUAAGGGAA